CUCGGGAGGGCUCUCACACACACAUUUCCUACACACACUGUUCCGUGCUGACGAGCGGGGGAGAUAUGAGAACGGGGCGUCCUCCCUCUCAACUCUUCUAAAAACACACUGGGCGCUUCUUGUAAGGUUACCGCCGGAGAUCUGACACACACUCUUUCAAAAAGACAUACAAACACAAACUCAUCAGGGGGAGACGAACCAGCUGAGAUUUGUUUUCAAACUGUCCCCCGAUGGCUGCGUGACAGGUCCACUAAACGCGCAAGAAGACCCACACGGUUCCAGGAUUUGGACUGCUUCACGCAUCUCUGUCCCUGUCUUGAGUCGUUUUUUAAUAUCGUGUGUUGGGAACUCCGUUCAAUCAUGGAUACCUACAGCUCCUUCACCGCUCUACUUUUACUUCUGGCUUCGUUAAAUAGUGUGUCAACCGUGCAGUUCCCGUCGCCACUUCUGAUAAAGGAAUGGGUGGAGCAGAUGCAGCAGGAGCUGGUCACACUGACGGACACAGCCAGCGGAGUGCAGAAUCUCAUACAGAUCUUCCAGAGCCACAGGAAGUACUUCAGUGUGGGGUCCAACGAUGCCAGCCAGCUGGUGGCUAAUGCAGCGGGGAACAUCGAGAAUCUCCUGGCCAACCCGUUCUCGUGCUCUCAAG